CUUCCCCCUCUUGACCUUCCAUCCUUAUCCCCGAAACCAUUAACUAAUUCCCUCCCUUCUCCCUCUCUUAUCUUCCAUCAUGACUGCCCCGCUGGAUGGGCCAAAUCCCCUCCGUCCUUACUACAUCCCUCCCCCCAUCGGUUUAGACGCCUCCAAUGUCUCCUCCCCUCCCGAUGCGUCAUCGUCAACUCAAGUUUUUGGUGGUUCGGCGCGCGAUCUUCUGCCCGACCUGGACUACUCCGAUUACCUCGACAACUCCCCCUCGGUGUCCAGCUGGAUUCGCGAUGCCUUGGACGAAGCACUCCGUCGAUACCUCGGUGUGCUAACUGCCCAGCCCUUCGAUGUCGCCAAAACCAUUCUACAGACCUAUGUGGUUCCCGAUGAUUCUGCGGAGGGACAAUGGGCGAUGCAUGAUCGCCGGAGCUCUGGGCUGGACAGUCAGGUCGACUCCUACGACGAAGAUGAAUCCCUCUCCUCCGACGAUGAGAGCAGCUACUUCACAUCGGCAGCUCCCGCAGUGCCAACACCCUCUACUCCCCGAUCCCGGAAGCCUCGACGCCAUAUUACCGACCGGAGCGGCUACAUCCCACCCCAGACCUCGUCAUCUCGAUAUGCCUUGGCCAUCAAGAACCCCUCCUCCUUGAUGGAGGUGCUGGGUCAGCUGUGGAGCACCAGCGGGCCAUCGUCGCCCUGGAAAGCGACCAACGCGACCUUCAUCUAUUCCCUGCUGCUCCCAACCUUGAACACCUUCAUCCGCAGUCUGCUCUCCGCCAUUGUCGGCCUGCCAGAGGAAGAUGUAACUUCUUCUAUGACCGCAGACAUCCUGACGUCUACCGCCCCGGUCGCGACGUUAGUCCUGUCCUUCAUCUCUUCGUCGCUGUCGGCGAUGCUUCUCUCUCCCAUUGACACUGCACGCACAUUCCUCAUUCUCACACCGGCCACUCACGGUCCCCGCUCGCUUCUGCGGGCUCUUCGCCAGAUCCCAACUCCCAACUGCACCAUUCCCCCUCACUUGAUCCCGAUCACCAUCCUUCACUCCAGUCUCCCCAACUUCAUCAUCAACACAACUCCCCUGGUCUUGAAAUCAUACCUUUCCAUUGAUCCCGUGCUGAACCCGUCGGCAUGGGGUCUUUUCACCUUCUUGAGCUCGGGCCUGGAGCUCGCAGUCCGGUUCCCUCUUGAAACCGUCCUUCGUCGCGCGCAAAUUGCAACAUUCACCUCCCCCAGUCUCCGGCAGCAGUCCCGCGGUUCCAUCCGCUCAGUAUCGUCCCCCACCACGGAUGAGACUCCGACCACUGAGGUCGAGACCAUCGUGCCUACGCCUCAAACCUACCGCGGCAUCAUCGGCACAAUGUGGAGCAUCGUCUACGAAGAGGGGGUGGCACCCGCGCCGGAGACUGAUCGUGCGCGCCAGCUCAUGAAGAAGCCCGUCGUACAGCGGAAACGCCAGGGCCAGGGUAUCAAGGGAUUAUACCGGGGCUGGCGCAUUGGCAUGUGGGGGAUUGCCGGGAUUUGGGGCGCCAGUCUUAUGGGCAGCUUCAGUGUGACCGGAGAGGAUGAGUCGAUGGCCAGCGGAGGUCGCUUCUAAUGAAUUGUCACUCAUCGGGCUACCUUUCGCUUCCACCCAGAUCUCCUCUCUAACUCUCGACCUCUCCUUUCAUUCGUUGUUCCUUUCUUCGUUUAAUACCAAUACCAACUGACGCUGCUAUGGGAUGUACUUUAUUUUAUUGUUUUUACUUGCAGUUGUCAUAUCUACGGAGCAAGCGGAAUGGAAUCGGCGUUGGAGCCUGUCAUCUUUACAAUUUAUAUAUUGUUCAUGUAGAUCAUACGAAUGAAUAUCUACCUACUCUUC